AGGGAGCCGGGCCGGUGGCAGAGCUGCCGCCCGGGCCGGGGCAGCGGUCCGGCCGGCCGCCAUGGCCCGCUUCUCGGCGUUCCUCAACCCCGUCCUGGUGCUCUUCAGCUGCGACCUUUGCCUUGUGCGAGCCAAAACGCCAGCCUUCAUUGCCAAGAAAUCUUCUCUGUGUCCAGGCUAUGCAGGAGUAUAUCAUGUCAGGCAGCCUGCUUCUGCUAGUGCUGGAGCUGAAUGAAGUAAACUUAGCAACAGAUGAACAUCUGAGCAGCAGUGAAGACAGGCCACCGUCCCCUGUCAACGUGACUGUGACGCAGCUGAAGGCAAACUCUGCCACAGUUUCCUGGGACGUCCCAGAAGGAGACGUGGUCAUCGGCUAUGCCAUCUUACAGCAGCGGCAAGAUGGACAGAUGCAGCGCUUCAUCCGGGAGGUGAACACCACCAACCGUGCCUGCGUGCUGUGGGACUUGGCAGAGGAUGCAGAUUACAUCAUCCAGGUGCAGAGCAUUGGCCUGUAUGGAGAAAGCCAGGCCAGUAAGCGUGUCCACUUCCGAACCCUGAAGGAGACCGACCGCCUCCCUUCCAACAGCUCCAACCAAGGUGACAUCACCAUGGAAGGGCUGGACAAAGACAGGCAGCUCCAGACAGGCGAGAUUAUCAUCAUUGUGGCUGUGCUGCUCAUGUGGGCAGCGGUGAUUGCCCUCUUCUGCAGACAGUACGACAUCAUCAAGGACAACGACUCCAACAACAACAAGGAAAAGACAAAGCCAUCCUCGGAGCACAGCACACCAGAGCGACCGAGCGGAGGGCUGCUGCGAAGCAAGAAGAAGUCUCCCUCGGUCAAUAUAAUCGAGGUGUAGGUGCAGCACCAGCUCUGCGUCUGGGGUCCUGGGCAUCCUGCCAGAGCCAAAGCAGGCCUUGGAAGAAGAGGCAGCACCAGGCGCCCAGCCUGGAACUCUGCAUGCGAAGAAGACCCGCGUAUCAGAACUUACGCUUUCCUGAGGGCACCUGCCCAGGGACGCGCAUGGAGCCGGUUCCCAGCCGUGCAUGCAGUGUGUGGCCAUGCCCAUCCCGCACGCCUGGCCCCGCUGCCCUGCUGCUGCGGAGCGCCGAGUGGAGAAAGGGUUGGGGGCCGCACCACCAGCCUCGGAGGGGCAAGCCAAGGGGAGCAGAGGGACUGGGGCGCAGCUUGAGGGGAGGCAAUGUCCCUGCGUGCUGGCUUGGCCAAAGGCAUGGGCGCAGCCCUGUGGCACUGGACACCUUCCAGUCAGGCAGCGUGGAGCAGGCCAUGCUCUCGGCUCCUGUGUCUGGGCUCUGGGAGCUGCCCUUUUGGCCCUGAGACUGAGGGGCUGGGGCAAUGCAGGCAUUUGCCCCAGUGCUGCCAGGGGAGUCGUGGCCAGGAGGUGGCAGGGUUAUCUGCGGGGCGGGGCCCAGCAAGCACAGCUAAAGAAUGGAUCCCUGCUGGAGAGUGGGGCUCUGCUGCACUCCAUCAUUGCCAUGCAGGGGCUUCAAGGCCUCUCCCUGCUGCAGGGGAUAAAGACACAAAAAAGCAGGAGGAGCUAGUGCUGCCACAGCACCUGGCUCACCUGCGAAGUGUGCAGCCAAGGGCAGGGAGUGCACAGCCAUUCUGUGGGGUGGUGUGAUGUCCAUAGAGCAAUGGGAGCAGGCAGUGCCAGAGCAUGGCUGCAGCUUUGCCAUUUCCCAGCUAGGGCUCAGUCCUGACACAUUCAAGCUGUUUGUGGGGGAGCUGCUGAGCACCCCUGGGGCAGUGCAGUGCCUGUGCUGCCUGGAGGAGAUAAUGUGGUUAGGUCAGGCAACGUCUCAGCAGGAUGUGUGCUGCAGAGCUCACUACUCCGGAGACAACACUAGCUUCAACAGUAUCAUAUCCCACUCCUGGCUCCUCCUGUCUCAUAAGGGGUACGGUAUGGUUACUGCUGAUGCUUCCACUCCUGGAGCUGGACCAGUGGCUUGCACCAGGUUGGCUGAUGUGACACAGUCCUGUUGGAAAGGGCUGCCCCUGAAUGCCCAGGGCUGGUGGACUGCUGGCUUGUUGUCAUGUGCCCAAUCUGCUCGUAGGAGGACAACAUGAGCCAUCAGCCACACAGGGGCUGGUGAAAAGGUGAUGCUUGGACUGUGCUUGUUUGCUCCCCAGAGCCUGCAGGCAGAAGUCUUUCACUGGGUAUCAGCACUGCUCUGUUCACAGCUGAGGCUGAGCCCAGGCAAGCCCUUCCUACUGGUGGUAGGAGGGAAUAGGGUGAUACCUGGAGGUUCUUUGCUGCAGAGGUGGCAACUAGUGCCCUGGCUACUGCUCUCCCUCCAUGCUCUGCUCUGCAGGCUGUCACUGAGCUGGGUACUGGCUCUGCAGCCCUGGACUCAAGCAUCACAGGAUCCAUCGUCUUCCAGGAAUAAACUUCCCAGUAAAGCACUUUCAGGACUCUUACUUCCAGGUGCUGCUCAGCUCCUGCUGCAGGGCUAGAUGAGAAUGGGACAGGAUAAAUGACUCCCUGUGGCAGGGUCUUUUCAAUAAAAGCAUCCUGGCUCAAAGGCA